AUGGCAGACCGUUUAGAAUUACAUCUACACGUUUCCUUCUUCCUCAGCGCUGCCUGGGAGGUGGCUGCCCUCCAGCCUCUGGUGAAGCCCAAGAUCGUCAAAAAGAGGAUCAAGAAGUUCAUCCGGCACCAAUCAGACCGAUAUGUCAAAAUUAAGCGAAACUGGCGGAAACCCAGAGGUAUCGACAACAGGAUGCGGAGAAGAUUCAAGGGCCGGAUCCUAAUGCCUAACAUUGGUUACGGGAGCAACAAGAAAACCAAAUAUAUGCUGCCUAGCGGCUUCCGGAAGUUUCUGGUCCACAAUGUCAAGGAGCUGGAAGUGCUGCUGUUGUGCAACAAAUCUUACUGUGCCGAGAUGGCUCACGUUUCCUCCAAGAACCGAAAAGCCAUCGUGGAAAGAGCAGCACAGCUGGCCAUCAGAGCCACCAAUCCCAACGCCAGGCUACGCAGCGAAGAAAACGAGUAG